AGCGGCGGGUGAGGGGAAGCCUCGCAGGCGUGCACCGAGCAGUGAGAUCACUGGCGUUAUAAAUAUCCCAGUGCCAGCGCCGAGAUCCGUUCGGGUGGCCUCUCUCUCUCUCCCCCUCUCCCUCUCUCUUCCCCGAGGCUAUGUCCACCCGGUGCGGCGAGGGGGGCAGCGCCAGAGGCACACAGCCGCGCGCGGGCUACAGAGCCCAGAACCAGCCCUGCAAAAUGCACUUAGGACCCCCGCGGCUGGAAGAAUGAGCUUGUCCUUCCUCCUCCUGCUCUUCCUCAGUCACCUGAUCCUCAGCGCCUGGGCUCAAGGGGAGGAGCGCCUCGCACCCAAAGGGCAACCCGGACAGGCUGCCACCGGUAGGAACCACGGAGGAGCCAGCAGCAGCCGGAGCAGCAGUAGCACGAAGUCUUCCUCUUCUUCCUCUGUCUCCUCCUCCCCCAGGGCUCCUCUGGGCAGUCAAGGAAAUGGCUUGGAGCAGAGCAGUUUCCAGUGGACCCCCUCGGGGCGCCGGACCGGCAGCCUCUACUGCAGAGUGGGCAUCGGUUUCCAUCUGCAGAUCUACCCGGAUGGCAAAGUCAAUGGCUCCCACGAAGCCAAUAUGUUAAGUAUUUUGGAAAUAUUUGCUGUGUCUCAGGGGAUUGUAGGAAUACGAGGAGUUUUCAGCAACAAAUUUUUAGCGAUGUCAAAAAAAGGAAAACUCCAUGCAAGUGCCAAAUUUACAGAUGACUGCAAGUUCAGGGAGCGAUUUCAAGAAAACAGCUAUAAUACCUAUGCCUCAGCAAUACACCGAACUGAAAAAACGGGCCGGGAGUGGUACGUGGCCCUGAACAAGAGAGGGAAAGCUAAACGGGGCUGCAGCCCCCGUGUUAAACCUCAGCACAUCUCUACCCACUUUCUGCCAAGAUUCAAGCAAUCAGAGCAGCCAGAACUUUCUUUCACAGUUACUGUUCCUGAAAAGAAAAAGCCACCUAAUCCCAUCAAGCCAAAGGUUCCCCUCUCCGCACCUCGGAGAAGUCCCAACACAGUGAAAUACAGACUCAAGUUUCGCUUUGGAUAAUAUUCAUCUUGGCCUUGUGAGAAACCAUGCCUUCCCUUCAGGAGUUUCUGUAGGUGUCUUUGUGCUCUGAAGACAACUUUUUGGACACAGCUUCAGUUACACUACACUGUACUGAAGUCAGGACAUUUGUUUCAGUUUGGCUGAAACAAAAAUGUCUCCUGAUAGGAACUAAACUGGAAUUCUUUGUACCAAUACAGGGAGCUCACUGCUUUAGUUCAGUAUGACAUAAAGCCUUUUGCUUUAUGCUUGGUGCAUACUGGGACUCUGUUUCCAGAAAGUUAAAUGGUGGGGAUUAUGUAUUUUUCUGACUUUUACAGAUCAACCUGAAAAAGCAUACGAUACAUUUUUAUUUUUGGUUUCCAAAGACUAUUUUGAUGCAGAUAAAAAUAUUUUAUUAACGUUUGUUUUUUGGGUUUUGGUUUUUUUUAAAGUACCUUGCAUUGAGCAUAUUUUCUUACUUUUGUUAUUUUUAAUUAAUAAGACAUAAAACAGCCAUUUUAAUGCAAUUUAUGAAUUAUAAAUGUGUUUAUAACCUGUUUAUAACAUGUGGAUUUAUUUUUCAUUUUUCUUAUUCAUUGCACUUUUAAUUUUUAUUGUGAUUAUUUUUUUUUUUUUACCAUACCUCAGAUAAUGUAAGUUAGUCUUGCAUCUUAAAAUGUUUAAAUUCUCUUCAACAGCA